CGGACAGAGAAUUUGCUCCUACGUCUUUAUAUCUGACGGCUCUCCCGUGCAGCCUCAGGCCUCAUUGCUAGUUAUUACCAGGCGGGAUGCGAGGCAAGCAUGGCCAUGCUAUCGAGUACCCGCCUGUUGGCUCAAUCUAGCGACCAUCGCACUGAUGGUAGUCCCGCCUUCUCGGUUUCGCAUUACCGUCACCGUUUCGACACAUUCCUCCUCGUCCUGUCGUUGUCGCUGCUCGUUACCGCAUCUUUAGCGCAAAACACCGGCGAAUGCGCUGAAAUUAGAACCGAAAGCAGCGGCUCUGGUUCCCGUACUUGCGCUGCUAGUGCUGAGGCGCCAGCCGAAGGAUCCGAGGCCUAUUCCAAUCUGGAGACUUCUGAAAAUGGAACUGAUGCUUAUUCCGGUGAAUCCGCGGACGGUAGAGGGUAUAGAAAGAUCGGGAGCGUCGAGCAUGACGUGGCAGGGUCGGAGCGUGCCAUGGUGGAGGACAUGCUGACGUGGAUGGGACUGGAUUGGACGCGGGAUUCGGAGGGAUCUGAGUAUGGCAUUAUCGUUGGCGGUAGUAUCGAGGUGGACUUCUCCACUCGCAGUGUGCACGAAGCCACCACGGAUGACGUCACGCGUGACGUCACGGGCCAUGGCUCUUCAGGCAGUCCCGAGGGUGGCGCAGGCGCGUGGAAGCCAAACGACACCCGGGCGGAUAUCGGUUUCAAGGCAGCUCGCAGAUUAGCAGAGGGCGAGGUGCUGCUGAAGGUUCCACGAAGGUUCCACAUCGUGGCCAACUGGAUUGCGCUGAACGAGUCAGAGCGUCACCUGCUUCCGUACGACAUGCCUCUGCCAGUGCCGCACGGCUGGGACACAUAUACCGUCCUGGCAGCAUGGCUGUUGCGGGAGAGGGCCAAGGGGGCGCUCUCCCCCUGGUCGCGCUUCCUGCGCUCCCUGCCUGCCUACGUGCCGCUGCCCGCCCUCUUUCCAUCUGGCCUCAUAGAGGAGUUUGAGUACCAACCCAUAGUGGACCAGGCCACUCGCCUCAAGCAGGCAUACACCGACCUGUACGAUCGCUGCAGCCCUGCUGCCAUCGCGAACGCGUCGCGCUCCGAGUUCUAUUGGGCGCUCGCUAUAGUCACAUCGCGUUGCUUCACCUACUCCCCCGCCAUGCCUGACAGCGAGAGUGGGGUUUCCAGUGGAGACUCUGCUGGUGGGGCAGAGCAGCGGGAGAGUGGAACCGAGGGGGGAUUAGAUGGAGCAGCAGCAACAGCAGCAGUUGCAGAAGAGGAAGCUGUUGCAGGAGGGGAAGCCGAGACUGGUCGAGUUGACAGCAGCAGCAGCCGCAGCAGCAGAGGGGAGGAGUGGUUUGCCACGUCAGCAGCCAUGCUUCCGUUCGCUGACCUGUUUAACCAUGAUAGUUACCCCAACCUGGGGUGGGAGCUCUCUGGCGACUGGUUCGUCUUCACAACCUAUCAGGCCAUCGAGCGGGGCGAGCCCCUGAGCAUAUCGUACGGCGCCAAGCCGACAAUCGAUGUGGUCCUGGAGUAUGGCUUCGUGCCGUCCUACAACCCCUAUGACAGUGUUAUGAUGUUCCCAAGCCCCGCCCAGCUGGUGGCCUUCGCAGUGCAACAGACCAUUCCCUCACCGCCACGCCCUGCUGCUGCUCCCCCCUCUGUUAGCGCAGCAGAGGUAGUAGCAGGAGAGGGGAAGAGAGAAGGAGGAGGGGAGAGAGAAGGGAGGAGGGAUGCACAGGAGGAGAAACAGCAGGCAUCUCCAUCAGGGGGGUACCACCAGGGGCGGGCAGGCGGGGAGGGGAGUGGUGCACUGAGGGUUGCAGCACGGGUGAGAGAUGUGGUUGUGAGGUUGAGAGAGGAAAGGAGGGUGGGCGGGUAUGAGGGGACGAGCAUUGAGGCAGCACUUGCGGCUGGGGAUCAGGGGGAAGGGGAGGGGGAGGCGCAGGCGGGAGCUCAGCUGGAGCAUCAGGGGGAGGAGCUGGGGGAUGGGCAGGAAGGGGGGGCGGAAGAGGUGCAGGGGAGAGUGGUGAUGGAAGAGGUGGCGAGUGAGGGGAGUGUGGAGUUUAAGGGAGAGGGAGGAGAGGAGUAUGGCACGGGAGGGGAUGGCACGGGAGGGGAUGGCAGGGGAGGGGGGUGGUGGGAGGACAUGGCGAAUGAGGAGGACGAGAGCGCCAAGCAGCAGCUGGUGGUGUGGGCAGGAGGGCAUGGCAGCCCUGAGAUGCUGGCCAUGGCGGCUGCGGUGUGGCAGUGGGAGGUCACUGGGCGAGAGUUGGAUCCAGAGCGGUUAGCAAAGGCGGCCAUGCAACUGAGUGAGCCCAUCUUGGAUAUAGGCACUCCCAUUGCUGCUGCUUCUGAUGAUGCUGAUUCCGCUGACGCUGGUGAUGCUGGUUCUGACGCUGGGGAGACAGAGGGAGCAGAGGCAGAAUCAGACAUUGCUGAGGGAGAGGCAGCGGAUGCUGCAACAACUUCAGCUGAUGACGUAGCAGCGCCGGAUGACCUGACAGCGGAGGCAGCUGCCACGUGGCAGGCGCUAGCCCUGUCCACAUCAGCGGACAUCUCAGCAGCCCUGUCAGCAGCAGCGUGCAUCCUGCAGCAGCGGGUGAGACGAAUGGUCGGUGUGGGACUCAGUGAGGACGAAAAGAAGGCAGCGGGGUCUUUCUCAACGGACUACUAUGAGGAUGAGGACAGGCUCAGGGGGCUAGUGGCGUGUCGAGGCGGGCGGUACAGGAGCGCUGCUGAGAUCAUUGCUGAGAGCAACGGGGUAAGGAGCAGCGAGGGUCAAGGGCAGGGAGAGGGACAAGGGGAGGGGCGAGGGGAGGGGCAGGAGGCGCAGGGUGUGGAGCAGGUGGGGUUUCCUCCUGCAGCGGUGAAGGAUGGGUCGCUGUGUUCAAUUGAAGUGAUGCGGUGGGUGCAUGAGCGUGAGAUGGUGCUGCGGUUUCGCAUGGUGAAGAAAUCCAUUCUGGGUGAGGCGGAUACCAGGAUGAGCGUGUGGUGUGGAAAGGGACAUGCCGUUGCCAGCCAAUGACAGGAUACUCACAUGCAGCAGUGAUAGCAUGCUACCAUGGAGCGGUGGGUGCAUGAGCGCGAGAUGGUGCUGCGGUUCCCCAUUCUGGGUUAGGCGGAUACCACGAUGGGCGUGUGGUGUUGCACUGGCCGCAAGGGGCAUGUGAGCCAAUGAUGCUGUUGGGAAGGAAUUAAUAAAAAACGAAGGAACAUGCUAUGGUGUUGGAGAGAGGGAUGCACCAGCUUAUUGUUGUGAUAUAAUUCGUACUUAGCAUUUAUGUAAGUCGAUUAUAGAUAGUGUCGAAUCCUACUGUAGAAGAGUCUAUAGGAUGACGUCAGCAAAUAGCGCUCGUCAUGAGGACAGUCGUUUCAGUCACUCGAACAGUCGCAUCUCAUCAUUAUCAUUUAGGGCGCAUGGCACGAUAGUGACGAACAGGUACAUUAGCGAACAGGUACUUUCCUAGAACUAAAAAACAUUGUUAUGCUUUUUUCAUAUUAACUUUGAUUACCCCACAA